UAGGUCCCUGACCGCAUGGUGGUCAGGCUGAGUGCCGGCAUGAAUGAGGCAGGGAUGCUGGGAGCCUGGUUCUGUGUCUUUGGCAGUGCCCUUGGUGACGUGUCUCACCUCCCAGACCAGAUAGUGAAGCUAGGUGAGGACUGCGGCAGGCUGCAGGCGGACAAGGCCCGGCUGGAGGAGGAGUUUAGCAUGCUGCAGCAGAAGGUGGAGGUCCUGAAGGAGCUGUCCCACCAGAAGGAGCUGGAGCUGCAGAAGAUACCGAGUCAGGCGGAAUGUGCACAGCAGCAGCGAGAGCAGGCGCUGUCGGCUGUGGAUGAGAAGGUGGUGCCGGCCACAGAGGCGGUGAAAAUCUACAAGUGAGUGUGGC